AAAGGUGGUGCAACUAGUGCUAAUUACAGCCAAUUAGCACCACCUAUAGUCACCUCUUAUAAAAGCUCAUCAAGUCCAGGUGCUCCACAACUGUUCCUGAAGCAAUGGCUGCCUUUUGGCUUGUGCUGGCGUUUGCUGUCUUGAUUGCUGAAGGGUUUUCUCUUCAAGCUGGCUCUACACAAGCUGAGUCUGAUACUGAGUGGAUGAAAACGCUAGAUGUGUCACCUGAAGAUGUUUCACUUAAGAGGGCUUUUGAACUUCUCCAGUCUUUGGAUUCUGUGUUUGCACUACAUGCCAAAGAAGGUCUCCUGGCAGCAAAAGAAGUGGAAAUUGCUGUUGGCGUGGGAAAGGUUUCACUGGACAAACCCGAAGGGCUCCAAACAAAGUCGGGCAGUCAUCACAAUGUGAGGAAAAACCUCCAGCAUGAUAUGAGAAAUGACCAUAAUGUGGAUCACAAUGUGAGCAACAGUCAUCAGCAGGAAAACAUGAGCUACAACCAAAAGAGUGACAAGGUGAGUUAUGGCCACCAAGACUACGCCUUGAGCCAAAACAUGAGCAGCAAGGGUCACCAGGAUGACUCUUUUAACCACAACAUCAGCAGCAAGGGCCACCAGGACUAUGCCUUGAGCCACGACCAGAUGAGCCAAAACAUGAGCAAGGGCUACCAGGAUGACUCCUUGAGCCAAAACAUUACCCCCAAGGGCUACCAGGAUGACUCAGACUACCAGAACGAUGCCUUUAGUCACAAGAAUGAUAACAUGAGCAGCAAGGGCCACCAGGACUAUGCCUUGAGCCACGACCAGAUGAGCCAAAAUAUGAGCAAGGGUCACCAGGAUGACUCUAGCCUCAACAUGAGCAGCAAGGGCAACCAGGAUGACUCCUUUAGCCACGACCAUAUGAGCCAAAACAUGACCCCCAAGGGCUACCAGGAUGACUCAGACUACCAGAACGAUGCCUUUAGUCACAAGAAUGAUAACAUGAGCAGCAAGGGCCACCAGGACUAUGCCUUGAGCCAAAACAUGAGCAAGGGCCACCAGGACUAUGCCUUGAGCCACGACCAGAUGAGCCAAAAUAUGAGCAAGGGUCACCAGGAUGACUCUAGCCUCAACAUGAGCAGCAAGGGCAACCAGGAUGACUCCUUGAGCCAAAACAUGACCCCCAAGGGCUACCAGGAUGACUCAGACUACCAGAACGAUGACUUUAGUCACAAGAAUGAUAACAUGAGCAGCAAGGGCCACCAGGACUAUGCCUUGAGCCAAAACAUGAGCAAGGGCCACCAGGACUAUGCCUUCAGCCACGAUCAGAUGAGCCAAAACAUGAGCAAGGGUCACCAGGAUGACUCCUUUAGCCAAAACAUGAGCAGCAAGGGAUACCAGGAUGACUCAGACUACCAGAACGAUGCCUUUCGUCACAAGAAUGAUUACAUGAGCAGUAAGGGCCACCAGGGUGACUAAAUGAACACCAGCCACAAGAGGGACCAACUACCUGAAUGGGCCAUGACUUGACAGAUUGUGUAUAGGUUGUAUGCAUGUGGUUUCAUUACAUUGUUGAAGGCAUGGAAGCGCUCUAAAAUGUUCAUGGAUUUACUAAAUAAAACCCUUUAACUUAAAA